GGCGCUAAUGCAAGAAGACCCUCGGGCCAAAUGACUCUCCUAAUUUCCCCUCAGGACUCAGGCGAUCCCCGUGGCCCUUGAGAAUCAGACUCUGGAUUUGUUUGGCAGUGAUUUGUUUUGUCUCGUCUCCACCCCACCAUCCACCACCCUCCCACAUCGCCUCUCAAGUUCUAGUUCUCUGCUCCCAGCGUUGUUGCAGCCACCAAAUUGGGGAUUUGGGAAAGAGGCAUUAAAGGAGCACGAGCCCGUGGAGGAAAUAAGCUGUGGCUGUAGAACGUAAACUGAUGCAAGAGAAAGCCACAGGUUGGGAUUUCUCAACACUUGAGAAACCGUUCUGGAGUUUUCCUGAAAAACGCUCGCGGGAGGAGUUGCAUCCUUCUGUAAAAUGUGGUAUGCCUUAGUCAUGAUUUGUUAGGCCCGUAAUCUACUCAUGUGCUGAAAAGCCCCUCAGUGCGUCACGCUUGCAGACAUGUCGCUUAAUUCCCUUCCAACAGGGGUUUAAUUGAGUGAGUAACACACACGCAGUGCAAGCCCACUGAGUACAGAAUACAGGCCGAUAUAUAGCUGACAGCCCGGAGGCUGUGGAGGAAUUAAUCAAUGAUGAAGUGGGCUGGUUAUGUUUAUGUGAAUGUGUAUAUUCAGUCUGUGUAUACGUACUGUGUGUGUGAGUGUGUAUACGUACUGUAUGAGUGUUUGUAUGUACUGUAUGAGUCCUAUGAGCGAAUAAUAUGUAUACUUCUAAUCAAAUGGAUAUAACCUCAUCAUUGAUCAACAACAUUUUUUAUAAGUUGACAGAAACAAUGUUUUUUCCCCAAACACUCAACCGUGGCCAUUUUAUAUGCGCUUAUCUUGAAAAAAUACAAUCUAAGAGUAAUGACGAUCAUGUUAAUUUUAAGGCCUCAAACCAAAAGGGAAAUUUCACCUGGUGUGAAAUUUCUGUGGAACAAAAAGAUAUCCUCUCAGAGGUCUUCAGCAAUUAUACACAUUUUAGACCAUAUACAUAUGCAAAUGUGUUUACUUUUCAGACAAGAUAUAUAUAUGAGUUCGAUGUUUAGCAGAUUAGUCAAAGGCCUUGUGAACCAUGUUUUUGAGUUAACAUACUUUUUCGUUUUCAUUAGAACAGUUCAUGUUUCAUAUUUCUCCCAAAAAAUCAACACCCCAAAAUAUGAGUUUUUAUUUUGUACCUCUUCCCCUAAUUAUUGCAGGACCUAAAAGAAGUCUGAUACAUCAGUGUUGAUAAUGCAAUGUGAUAUGUGCCAUUAAUCAUAGGGCCCGUUUUUGUGCCAAAGCACUUUCACUUUUGAUACUUUAAAGUAGGCGUACAUUUCUAAUAAAUAAACGUCUCAGCCAUGGAAAAAGAAAACAUUUUCAAUGUGCUUGUUCGACCCCACCCUACUGACGGGGACAUAUCUGCCCCGUGUUUGUGGGCUAAUAAGCUGAGAAUGAAUUGGUUCAUAAUGAACAGACACACGAGCCUUUUAACCUUUCCACUCGUAUCCAUCCGCGGGACAGCGAGCGUCAUUUCCAGGGUGCACGCGGACUGCCUCCCAGUAUACCAAGUAUUAAUGAUCUAAUUAACGCAACUGUCGCCAACACCUGCAGACGGUAGAAAUGAUCCACUGCCCACGCACGAAUACAUGCGCACGCUCUUUCUGCUUCAGUAAUGCGAAAGCACAGCUCCGCCGUCUCACGCGGCUUAUUUAUAGGACUCACUUCACUAAAUAUAUCCCGCCUCGGGACGUCGGUCACCGCGUCACAACAAGUAACAAUACCCCUUCCUCUUUUUCUUAUUCUUCUUCUUCUUCAGCCCCUCCGGUUGAGUUGGUUGAGGGGUGUCAUGUUUUUUUGUUUUUUUGGGGGGGGGAGUGUUGGUAUAAAAUGAGGGACGGGCAGACCGGCCGGACACUCUUCAUCCAGACCGGACCCCACACAGGUACUACAUCUUUCAUUUCUAUGCAUUAUGUCCUCUGUUGUUUACUCAAAGUGUGUGUUUUCCAAAGAAACGUUUGAACUACUACUUCUUCCCACUUCGCUGUAUUUAUUUAUUUAUGCUUUACUUUCCCCAGGUGUCAAAAUGACUAUUUGGUGCACCUCCUGCCAGUGUCACGUCAGUGCUCCGUGCACGUCUCAUCUCGUGCCCGAGCAUCAUCGCAGCUCCUUCUGCAGGAGGUUCAGAUCCACCAAAGGAGCGUCCAAAGCCCGGCGGGACCACAUCAAUCACGAGAUCAGGAAUAUGCGCGCUCUGUUGCCUACCACCCAGGAGGACCAGGAGCGUCUCUCCUACCUGCACUCCAUGGCCGCCAUCUGCGCCUACAUCAGGAAGUCUGUUGUCUUCCAGGGACUCCCGACUGGGGCGAGAUCGCACUCUCUGCCGUAUGAGGCCUUUCUUCAAGCCCUGCACGGCUUCAUCCUGGUCACCACUGCACAAGGGAGGCUGGUCUACGUGUCCGAGAAUGUUGACCAAUACCUCGGUUUGUCCAUGAUAGACGUGCUGCAAGGAGACACUUUCUACGACAUGGUGGAACGCUCUGACAUUGAUGUUGUGAAAACAAACCUGGACAUUGAACACAACUCGCCAUCAGAGAGGAGCUUUGUAUGCUGCAUGCAAACCACCAAAGCCUUCAAGCUGCAAUUCGGCAGCUGCUGUUCCAUGAUGGUCAAAGGGAGCUUCAAAAUGUUCCCCCAGCCGUGGCAGCCCUCCUCUUCAGCCCGUCCCACCGGCGAGCCUCUCUUUGUGGCCCUCUGCACCCCCACGGUCGACCGCCUGCAGAGCUCCGGCUCCACCUCCUGUGACAGCUUCUACAGUGUCCACAGGUUGGAUAUGACCUUCACUCAGCUGUCAGACAGCGUCUCCUGUUUUUUGGGCUAUUCGACUGAGGAAAUGACCGGCCGAUCAUGGUACAGUCUUAUCCACCCUGACGAUCUCUCCUUGAGUGCCGAUUCUCAUAGAAGUUUAAUGCGGGCAGAUGAGGGCUUCCAGGUAGAGAUGGUGCUGAGACUCCAAUGCAAGGACCUGUCCUGGACCUGGAUCUACAUCCGAGCUAACAAGGAGUCUGACUGCCGGGGCAUCAGCUGCACCAACUUCAUCAUCGGUGAAACGGAGGCCCGAUUUCUGCAGAAGAAAAUCACCAGCGACGCCUUCAGGCCGUCGCCCACGGCCCGUCCUGCGAGCCAGGAGGCGCCUCGCGCCGAGACCCACGGCGACGCAAAGUGUUUCAAGAGACGGAGGACGUCCAGCGGCCAAAGCGACGAGCCCGGCCAUAAGGCCAGGAGGGAGAGCGGGCGAGGCCCGUGCCAGGUGGCGUGCGCCUCCUACCGAGGCGACGGCUCGCCCGCUCCCCCUGGGGACAGCACGGCUCUCUUCACGCCUCCCAUCAGCCCAGCCUCCUCCAGCUCCGCUCUGCAGCAGCAGGAGGAGCUCAGCCGUGACCUCCUGCUGGAGGUGCACGGGUACGCCGAUCAGCUGCUGUCCUCCCCCGAGUGCUCUCCCUCCUACUACUCGUACCCGGAGGCGGUGCUCACCUGUCACCGAUCACCCUCCGGCUCCCUCGCUUCGGCCGCUGAGCACGCGUUUGAGGAGGCUGCCUUCGGCGUGCUCGCCGCCCGCUCCCCAGCCUCCUCCUCCUCCUCCUACUCCUACUCCUCCUACUCCUCCUCAUCGCCGACCUAUGAUUUCCAAGCGUGUACGGCCGAUGCUCGAUUGGUCCCCGAGUGCCCGUCCGUGGCGGACUUGUGCGACAGCGCGGCGGACUGCGCGCUGCAUCACGACGACUUCGGCGUCCCGCAGCAGACACAAGAGGGAGGCCUCGUCCACCGCGUCCCCUACCACGUCUCACCCGCACAUUCGAGUCUCCUCACCCCCGGCCAAUCUCCCGACUCCAGGGAGACGGCACAUUACAACGCGAGGGAGCAGGCAGAGAUCAGCAUUCUGGCUCAGCAGAUCUCGUCCCUGGCAAGCAGCUUCGCCGUGUACCGCACGCACGCAACCACCGGCGCACAGCCCGCGGGCCGCCAGUGGCCCUGUCAUCCUGCGCUCCCCUCGGCCCCGCCUCUUAAGGGCGAGCUGGAGCUCGAUGACGGCGUGUUCGACAGCAUCCUUAAAGACCUGGACGUGGACGUGGGCGCGGGGAAGGAGGACUUUCCCCCGCCGGGCGUUGCGGCGUUCGGGUACCAGCAGGGUCUGCUGCGCUGCAGGAUGGGGUCUCACGAGUCGGAGCCGGAGCCUCUGGGCCUCUCCCCGACCAUCGCAGAGGACCCGCUGCCCGCAGAGCAGUUCAUCGCCGUGGAACCCUUCAGUUUGCAGUUGGGACGCCAUGACCGAAACACUGGGUUGCAUCAACUCAACCGCUAUAUGCAGAGUCACCUUCAGCAAGGUGAACUUGCAGAAGAAAACUUGUACUGAAAUAAGUCUGUGACUUACUGUACUACCACUCGUAUGACAUAUUGUCAGGGCAACCUUCCUUUCGCUGGAUUCAAAGACCUUUUAGAGGACAUCUUUGCUUUCAAAGACUUCUUCCUGGAAUGUGGGAAAGCAACUAAAGACUAAAAGACGUUGGCUUUGUCUCAAUGUCUCAACACUGCUGUCGACUGCGUUUUAUGUUUUUAUCUUUGUCUUACAUUGUAUGAGGUACUUGUUUGACAUCACUUACGUACUGAAAUGGAGGUGUAUUUUUCUUCUAAUACCGAGUGACCACAGUUUACUCUUGAGCACUUUAUCAAUGUCCUUACCGCGAGGAUUUUAUAAACGAGAAGGCGGGCUGAUUUGAAAGGAAUAUUAACUAUAUUUUAAAGAUACCCGGAUGAGCUUUAACACGAGGGGAAGACACAAAUCAGUUUGCAAAAAGAAUACUACUCUUCUGUUUGUCAGUGGGCCAUUAAUGGUUUCUUGUGAAUAAAUUACUCAUUAAGGAGAUGAUUGUUGGUUGAACACCUACCUCAUUGGUACAUUUAAAUACAUUCCGAUCCUGAAUUAUAUUUAUUUUUGAACAUGACACUUAAAUGUUUUUAAUAUACUGCAAUGUGAAUCUUAAAUCUAAGUUUAUCAAUUCCACAUGUUUUCAUCUCUAAUGUACUGGUACUGCACAUGUCUGAAUGUCCAAUGUUAAACCUGAUGUUAAAUGUAAAUAAAUCAAAUAAAAAAAUACGUUGAAUCAUGUU